AUGGAGACUAACGCCAAAGAGGGGCAAGGGGGCACAAGACCCGGCAACGACUGGGGACUGGCCUUCGAUGGUGUCGCCGCCGCUGUCGCGCUGCGAGCCCCUCCUGUCCAACGGGAGCUGCGCACGCACAACGCGGGUGAUGGGGGCACGAAGUCGAGGAGGGAAGAAAAUCCCAGGGUCAGGGAUCGGGACUGGCGGGCGGAAAGCAAGAGUCGCUAA